CAGUGCUCAGACGACGACGUUACGUUUGGGGACUACAGUGCUCAGCAUCCCCUAGCCAGCAAGGGGAAAUGUUUGGAGGGCACGUUACACACUAAAAUUUACGAACGCGGGCCACCUAGGGAAAGACUCCCGGGAAGGGAGCCCGCGUCGGACCCGGGUGGGCUUCUUCGGCGGCCUUUCGUCAGAAGACCAACCCACAAAAGUCUCCACGAAAGAGGCGCAGGCAGGGAGGGCGGCCUCCGGAGGCGGAGCGGGAGGACCGGGAGGGAGGGCAGCCUCGUCGGACCCCCGCCUUCUCGCCACCGCCUCAGCCUCCCUGACACGGCUGCUGCUGCCGCCGUCGCCGCCUUUCUCCUUCGCCGCGAUGGAUGCCGCCGCCGCGGGCGAGAAGGAGCGGGAGGCCGCGCAGCUCUUGGCCGAGGCCGAGAAGAGAGUCAAGUCCUCUCACUCCUUCCUCCGCGGUCUCUUCGGAGGGAAUACAAAGAUAGAAGAAGCCUGUGAAAUGUAUACCAGAGCUGCAAAUAUGUUCAAGAUAGCCAAAAACUGGAGUGCUGCAGGAAAUGCAUUUUGUCAGGCUGCCAAGCUCCACAUGCAACUGCAGAGUAAACAUGAUUCAGCAACCUGUUUCGUGGAUGCAGGAAAUGCUUAUAAAAAGGCAGAUCCACAAGAGGCUAUCAACUGCUUAAAUGCUGCCAUCGAUAUUUACACAGACAUGGGCCGAUUUACUAUUGCUGCCAAGCAUCACAUUACUAUUGCAGAGAUUUAUGAGUCUGAGCUAGUAGACAUUGAGAAGGCUAUUGCCCAUUAUGAACAAGCAGCAGAUUAUUACAAAGGAGAAGAAUCUAACAGUUCUGCUAACAAAUGUCUGCUGAAAGUAGCUGGAUAUGCUGCUCAAUUAGAGCAAUAUCCCAAGGCAAUUGAAAUGUUUGAACAGGUUGGAACAAGCACUAUGGACAACCCGUUGCUCAAGCACAGUGCAAAGGACUAUUUCUUUAAAGCCGCACUGUGUCACUUUAUAGUUGAUGAGUUGAAUGCUAAGCUGGCUCUUGAGAAAUAUGAAGAAAUGUUCCCAGCCUUUUCAGAUUCAAGAGAAUGUAAACUAUUGAAAAAAUUACUGGAGGCUCAUGAGGAACAGAACUGUGAAGCAUACACAGAGGCAGUUAAAGAGUUUGAUUCAAUAUCCCGCUUGGAUCAGUGGCUUACAACUAUGUUACUCCGCAUUAAAAAAUCCAUUCAAGAAGACAAUGAUGGAGACCUGAAGUGAACCAUUGGUGCAGUUUGUGGUGUAGUGACUUGUCUAUUGAAAUACACUGUGUUGUGGCCAAGGACCGUUGUGGGAUAUUUGAUACAUGCUUCUAGCUUAACUGACUGGUGUCUUGUUUAGCUCUGUUGUGGCUCUUUCAGUGUAAUUGCAGACGUGAAUUUAUCUAUUUUUAAAAUCUCUUGUUUCCCUUUUUAAAUUAUUUCCCUAAAUUCAAGCUAUCGCCUGAGUCUAUGCAUGUUUACUUAAAAGUAGGAUCCAUGGUGUUCAGGGAGGCUCUCUUCCCGGUAACUGUGCAUAGGAUUGGAGCCUGAGCGUGUUUUCUUGGAAAUACGUCCCACUGUGUUCAGAUGCACUUACACGCUAGUAAGUAUGCUGAGACUUAGUCUAGUCAGCUGAUGUGAAGUGCCAGCCACCUUGUAAUGAUAAUGCGAGUAUCCCCACCUCCUACCCUGGAUGUGGCAGUUUUGAUGGACAUCUAAAAUGUAGUUGGAUCUUUUAAAAAUACUUAUCACAUGAGUGUGAACAUAGGAGAGCACAGCUUUUCUCCAUGCAUGUUAGGAUGUCAGGCAGCAGACUCAGGACCUGCAUGUUCUGUUUUAUUAGAACCUCAAAAUCUGCCAACUGGACCAUGUGCAAAAGACAAAUCCUUAGCGGUAAAUGAUUCUUUCCCAGUUUUUUUUUAAAUCAGGACUGAACUCCACUCACAGUCUUCUUCCACACAAAACUCCAUUCUGUUUACCACAAGCUUUUAUGUUCAGCGGUAUGAUUGAUGGUGGUGGGAGCACUGGAGAACAUUUUUUUUAUUGUGAAUCAGAAAUGCUUGCAGGUCCACCACAAGUUUCCUAAGAGAUCUUCCAGAAGAUUGAGCUUCCUUCAGUCCAUCCCUUCUCUAGGAUAU